UAGCAAUCCAACUGGUGCCAGCCAACACUCAAAGCAGGCGUAAUAAUGCUCUUUACGGCAUCAGAUAACAGCAAAUGUUUGAGAUGUAAAAAGCAGCACACUAGCGGACGCUCCAUGACCUUUCAUUUCUGAUCAUAUAGCGUAACUUAUAUAACACUGAAACGCAGUAUUAUGAUCAGAAUUAUCUGUCUUUCAGCGACAGUCAUCUUGUUUUGUUGCUUUCUGAGCGACGCGGCUCGACCGUGGCGAUACGAUGUGCCACAAGAACGGAAGAACUAUGACACUCAAUGGGUAUACCGGCCGUACCAAGAACGACUGGAUAAAUAUUAUUCUAAUCCCAAUGGAGCCAGGAUCAUUAAGCAAUCGCACUUUGCGUAUGAAUAUCGCCUCGGCCACAAGUUACAGUUUCUGUGUAUCGCAACCGGAAAUCCCCUACCGCGCAUAACGUGGCUUAAGGAUGGUCUGGAAUUAAUCAGCCACAAAAAUCUCGUGAUUCAUGAAUGGAAGCUUAAAGGUCGCAAGAAUCGCGGGAAGGACGACGACGAGGGAAAGAAGCGUAUAAAGAGCAAACUGGAGAUUGACCCCACCACCCAAGGUGACCAGGGCAUCUACAGCUGCAUAGCCGAAAACAAGUUUGCCAUCGAAGAACGGAAGUUCAAAGCAGAAUUUGUAGCGAACUAGCCGAAUGCACGAGAUCUGGAAAGACGCUGACGGAUUCACUUACAUUUUACUGUAAUCCAAGAUUUCACCGUAAUCUUCUGAACGCGAAUAAAAUCCUUCAUAACUCAAAGCUCCCCAAAAAUUUGACCACAUUUUUCCGGGACGGGUCAUCAUUGGAGCCAAAACUGUCCUGCAAUUGCAAUCAAAGACUGUUUAUUUAUUUGAUAAUAAGAAUCCUGUGUGCACCUAGCAAUGUUGUCGCAACCACGACGCUAAGAAAUCAAUAUGAACAAAUUAAAGAAUAACUGUCAUGUACCUGUUUUGCUGCAGCAAAAGCCGAAUUGUUUCAACAUUAGUCAACA